CUAUAUGUCAUGUUGAAAUUCAUAACUAGUGCGGCCAAUCAUGGCCAUUGUUAUUUGUUCGGUGUGUUGACCAAUCGAUUCAAUACUCGAAUUAAUACAUUCGGGCUACGAUCAUGUCGAUUUAUCGCUUCAAUGGUUCAGGAUCUAAAUGAUUCAAAUCUUAGCUAUGUACAUGGUUGUCCACCAACACCGAUUGCCACAUACAGCCCAUUAACAAUUGGUGAAUUAUUGAAAAGAUCAGUGGCCAUCGAUCCAGAUCGAAUUGGUUUCAUCGUAGCUCAUCAAAAUAUAAGUAAAACGUAUAGUCAAUUCGAUGCUGAUGUAGAUCGUUUGGCCAAGGCAUUACGUUCGUUGGGCUGUCGUCGUGGUUCUGUUGUUGGAUUAUGGGCUGUCAAUUGUUAUGAAUGGUUACUCAUUCAAUUCGCCACGGCGAAAUUGGGAGCCAUAAUGGUGGCAAUCAAUCCUGCUUAUAAAGAACGAGAAUUGCUUAAUGUAUUCCGUUUGAUAGGUAUUGAAACAAUGAUCAUGAAUCAACAAUUUCGAUAUUCUGAUUAUGGCAAAGUAAUGGAAAAUAUUGCACCGGGUAUUUUUGCCUCGGCUCAACAUGGUUCAGCUCGUGUUCAUUCCGAACAAUUACCACAAUUAAAGAAUUUGAUUGUCAUCGAUCAAACCGAUGGAGAGACUGUUCCAUUGAAUGUUUGUCGUUUUUCACAAUUGAUGCAAUCAUCGUUUCCAGAAAAGGACACUCAUAAAUCUGAUGAAAAUAAUGACACACAAUUUGAUGAUGUAAUCAAUGUACAAUUCACAUCGGGUACAACUGGCCUUCCAAAAGGAUCAAUGCUCACUCAUUUUAACAUCAUACAGAAUGGACAAUUUAUCGCGCCCAUCUUGUUCGAAGAUUUGAAUGAACCACCAACAGUAUGCAUUCCGAAUCCAUUGUAUCAUGCAUUUGGAUGUGUAGUCGGUACAGUUGCUUCAGUUUUCAUGCAUGGUACAUUAGUCCUUCCAGGACCCAUAUUUAAUGCGGAUACUACCAUUCAAUCGAUUGAAAAAUAUGGUUGUGAUUAUCUUUACGGAACACCGACCAUGUGGUCCGAUUUAUUACAACGACCAUUGCAUCAAUACAAUCUGACUACAUUGAAACGUGGCGUUAUGUCUGGUGCACCAUGUCCAUCGGUUUUACUGCACAAAAUUCGACAGACAAUACCUUCAUUACAAAAUAUUCUAAUUCCUUAUGGUUCGACCGAAAUAGGACCUGUAGCUACGUGUACUAGAAUCAAUGAUAGCGAAGCACAUAAAUUUGAAUCAGUAGGAUUGCCCAUACCUUAUGUCGAAGUUAAAGUGACCGAUAUUAAAUCCAAUCGUACUGUACGACGAGGUGAACGUGGCGAAGUUCUUGUUCGUUCACAUGGCACAUUUCCAGGUUACAUGAACCAACCAGACAAAACGGAUGAGGUUAUAGAUGAUAAUUUCUGGUAUCAUACUGGCGAUGUCGGAUGGAUGGAUCAACAAGGAUAUCUACACAUUAGUGGUCGUAUCAAAGAGAUGAUUAUUCGCGGUGGUGAAAAUAUAUACCCAAAAGAAGUUGAAGAAUUGAUCAUGCAAAUGACUGGUGAAUCCAUAGAAGAUGUCCAUGUGGUAGGAAUUGCCGAUACUCGACUUGGUGAAGAAAUGGUUGCCUUUAUCAAAUUGCGUUCAGGCAAAACAAAUGAAUGGACAGAAAAAUCGCUCAAGGAUCAUCUUCGUAAUAAAAUGAGUCAUUUCAAAGUGCCAAAACAUAUUCAUUUUAUUGAUGAUUUUCCACGUACACCAACAGGUAAAAUAAGAAAAAUAGAUCUCAAACAAAUGGCCACACAAAUGUUUGCCACUGAAAGUGACCAGAAAAAAGCUUAACUAGAAAAAAUUUUACAAUUAAAAAAAAUUUGAAAUUGAAAUGAAAUAAAUGCAUGUUUUUUAGGAAAAAUUUUUUUUUUCAUAAUUUAAUUAUUGUCACAUCCUAUAUGUAAGUCUCAUGGAACAAGUGCUUCUAAUGA